CGUAACACGCUUAUGUUUUGAGUUCGCGCUCAAAUUUGCGAGCCACAACGAGCAGUCUGAAAACUUUUACAGACAAAGGAAUUGUUUUGGGAGGAAGAUGUUUCUGAUAGUUCAGUUUUUAGAUGAACAAAAAGCUGUGUCUGUUAUACCACAGUCUUGGUACAGUGAUGGCACAGCCUUUUGGCCAAAUUAUAAAACAGCAAGAUAUGCUGAGGAACCAGGCCCUGACUGGACCAAGCAUGACGUUAGAGUACUAAAGUCCUACGGAGAUUACAUGUCUGCAUGGCAAGGGAUGAAGAAGUCUUUGACGUGUCAAACUUCAGAAUUGGAUUCAGAUGAUCAGGAGGAUAUAGGCAGGGUGAAAAGAGCACCUAAACCAAUCCACUACUAUGGUGACACUGACUAUGAAAGUGAACAUGAAGACUUGGCUAAUAAAACAAAAAUUCCCUUGACAAGAUUUUCAAAACCUCAACAGUCAACUGGACCUUGCAUGUUCUCCCCACAUUCUGCACCUCGGGUACCAUCACCACCUUUACCAUCUGUGCCACCUUGUCGCUCACCACCACAUUCUUUGCUUCGGGUGCCACCUCCUUACCAGUCACUAUUGCUCUCUGAAAAUACAUCUCAACAAAUUUCCACGAGCCUUCCAAAAAUGAAAAAUACUUCUGAACUCUUCAAGCCUACUUACAGAGUGGGUCAAUGUGGAACAGAACCAAUACCUUGUACUGCUGCAGAUCUUCAUAUCCUCACAUUGCUCGAACAUGUGAAGCACCAGCUGUCACAAUAGGCUGUCAUGAUCAGUUCACUAUCUGGGCGGCUAAACAUUGAAUGCUCACCUGAUAUGCCUGAGGAGGUGCAGUUUCCUUUACAAUCAUUGGAGAAAGUGGAUGACUUUGAGGCCUGGUUGAAACAACCAACCAAUGCUUUGAAGAAAAAGAACAUGAUUUCUGUACUGGCAUCUAUCGGAGGACAAGAUACCAAGCGUGUCACUUGGAAUAUUCUUUCACAUAUUUUUGGAGAUGAUGUAAAAAAGAUAAACUGGAAGGGAGUGAAUGAAAAAUGGGCCUUCAGUCAACUGGCAACCAAAACUCUUAUUAUGCGUGGAGUUCACCAGAGUCAAGUGGCAGCCAAAGCUACAGAUGUGGACAUUAAUAAAUUUGCCAUUAAAUGGUUCAAUUUGGCAUCUGACCGUGGUGGUGGUCGCAAGGAGCGCUGCAGGAGAGUGCAGGCAGCAGUGCCUUCUGAAUCAGGACUGAUGUAAAUACACUUUAGUAGUCAAGUUUAUUGUUGUUUUUACUAUUUUGGGUAGAUUUUGUCAUUUUUGUACUUGCAUCCUACACUUUUGUGCAAAUGUGUUCAUUUUAUAUUUCUAUAUUUUAACCAUGUUACUGGAUAUUUGAACUGUUAAAUACUCAAUAUACUGUAUUAAUAUGUUUGUUUGUAAUUGUAGUUACAGCUUUUGAUCCAUGCAACUGCACUGAGUUUACAUGACAAGACAA